AUGAGUGAAAAUGAGGGGCAUCUUCCACGAGAUGGGCCAGAGGCAGCCGAACCCCGCGGGGCCAUUUCGGACUUUUUCGUGAGAGAAGCUUCUCCUCCGGGCUGUGACCAGGAAGUGUCCCGUCCGAGGCCAGACCUUCUCUCCCCAGAGACAGGGCCGGGGAAGACUUCUCGCUGUGGCUUCCGGAAGCGUAAGGAGACUGUGGUGCACCAGCGAGCAUUCAUGGGAGAGAAGCCCUACAUCUGCAUCGAGUGCGGGCAGAGCUUCAACCGCAGCUCCGACCUGAUCCGCCACCAGAGGAUCCACACCGGGGAGAAGCCGUACAUGUGUGCUGACUGCGGCAAGAGCUUCAGCCGCCGCUCUCACCUCAUCCAGCACCAGCGUGUCCACACGGGUGAGCGGCCGUACCAGUGCAAGGACUGCGGGAAGAGCUUCAGCCAAAGCACCCACCUGGUGCAGCACCAGCGCAACCACACUGGCGAGAGGCCUUAUGUCUGUGCCAAGUGCGGGAGGAACUUCUACCAGAACUCAGGCCUGCUCCGCCACGCCAACUUUCACACGGGUGAGAAACCUUACAAGUGCCCCCAGUGCGGGAAGCGCUUCAGCGACAGCUCCAACCUCAUUGCCCACCAGCGGCUCCACACAGGCGAGAAGCCCUACAAGUGUGCUGACUGCAACAAGUGCUUCAGUGAGAGCUCUAAGCUGGUCAUCCACCGGCGUGUCCACACAGGUGAGAAGCCAUACUUGUGCCCUGACUGCGGAAAGAGUUUCAGCCAGCGCUCGCACCUUGUCCAGCACCGUCGCACCCACACCGGGGAGAAGCCCUACAAGUGUGCCGAGUGUGGGACCUGCUUCAGUGACAACUCUACCCUCAUCCGUCACCGUCGUACCCACACUGGGGAGAAACCUUUCAAGUGCUCCCACUGUGGGAAGAGCUUCAGUCGCAACUCCUACUUAGUCUCACACCAGCGGGUGCACGUGUGGUAGGCAGCGUCACUAGGUGUGGUCUGGGGGUGACCUAGGAUGCAGCUCCUGGUCCAGGCCUGUCCAAAAUGUGCCUGAGGGACAAGGGGGUGGACAAGGGUGUGACUACACCAGGGCUCCUGGAUUAUAGGCAGCUGGCCAGAGUAAUGCCUUUGGCCCCUGUUGCCCUUUUCAGUCACCUCCUCCCAACGCACCUCAGGCAUGGACGGAAAGUGAGCAGAGGUUGCGGUGGGUAGUUCUGCAUCCCAAGGCGCUGUCAUCCUCUUUUCCUGGUACUAGAAUCGGAUGCCAUCUGCCACGUGGCCAAGGUGCUGAUGUUUUCUCCCACCUGCCCAUGAGAGGUGUCUGCCUGGGAGCCUGAGGAGAGAACGCGCAACGUCAGUCACAGGAUGAGAAGCUGCUUGGUCAUGCAACAUAGGCAUGUGUGGUUGUGUCAAGGGAAAUAAGAUGGGAGAUGGGGUCCUUAAAGGGCUUUGUUCCACUCCCAGCUGAAAUGUUGUGACCGAUAUAACAUCGCACAGGUCUGUGGGAGCUCUCCACGCUUGUCUAAGCCAGCUCUGUGUCUCGUACAGCAGUCAGGAAGGUCAAAGCUAAGUAAGUCCUGCUGAGAAGCUGGAAACUCCGCAUUAUGCAUAUGCAGCGUGUGGGCCAACUUGAAGCACAGGCAAAGACCGCUUGAGUCUGCUUGUAAAAGGAACAUGUAGGCAUACCCUGAACCAGAGAAGGAAGGCCUGCCUGCAAAGGUUUUCUGCAAAUGCUGCUGGGAUGGUAGGAAUGAGGGAGUUGCAGGAUAGGGGCAUGGCCUGUUCUGGAAUCUCAGAACUGGUGGGUAACUGAUGUAGAAAACUAUCGUACCUGGAGGCUUAAAAAAAAAAAAAAAAAAAAUCAGAAUUAUACUUUCUGCUGCUAAGACUGUGGUACGCAACUUGGCAGGUGUAUGGAGGUCGCUUGUGAGUUUGUACUGGUAGCUGCCUCAUUCUGCAGAAUUUGGCUUCACAGGUACAUUUCAAGUGGGCUGGUGUAAGCUGUGUUGCAAAAUGGGACAGAACAGCAGCAUACUGGGACUGACUUGAUUCCGUACCAGUAUUUCUCAAGUCCCAUUUUGACCAGCGUGUGUGUGCGUGUGUGUAAAUAACAUCUAUAUGUAUGUACUCACAUAUGUACGAACUAGCUUUUGUACCAAGUGUAUCUUCACACUCACAUGUGAGCGAUCAUGCAUGCACGCACCACGGCAGUGGUCAAAAUGGCCAGCUGUGUGACACUACACCACACCAGUACUUCUCAAAACGCUAAACAUACUGUAUAUACUAGCAUUUCUCAAUAAGAAGCUGGGAGAAACAGGUUUUGUACCAAAACGGAAUUUUCACAUCAGGAUAUUCAGUUUUACACUGAUUACUUUGUGUGUGUGUGUAUAAGAUCUGGAAUUGAGUUGUUUUAUUUAUAUAUCUAUAUAAAAAUGUGUGGCCCCUAUGGUUGCAAGGAAUGAUUUCUAAAUGUCACUCAGCGUAGUGGUCUCCCCCUUGUUUUACACAGGUACAUAUCAGUGGCGGUUGUAGGAUGUACCCCCCUCAUGGUUUUAACUACAAGGAAUUGCAGUGUUUAUAUUUUUGACUGUUUUGCUGCUGAACAGUUUAGUGACGAUACCGACUGGUGUGCUUAUCCAGCACUGCUGGAGCUUAGAAAAGAUUUCUGGUUUUGCGAUGAACCUUACUAAUCCUGCAGCUGGCUCCGUGACUUCAGCAGGUCACUGGGAAAAAGGAAUGCAGACUGAAGCCAGUGAAAGGACUGGAGCUGUGUUGGGGAAGAGAUGAAGGAAAUAACGAUGCUAAGAAGAUCCAUGGAUUUGAGCAGCUGCUGGCCAGGGAUGCUUGUGAAUGGCUUGCCCUACAGAACUUGCUACUCUCCAGGGGAUUGCAGGGAUCCCUUCUGCAAGCCCCCAGCUACUUCUUCACAGAAUCACAGAAUCACUAAGGUUGGAAAAGACCUGUAAGAUCAUCAAGUCCAACCUUAAAAAAAAAAAAGCACUCAACUGCUGAUAAAAUGUUAUUUUCAUAUAGUUUAAUAAAAAGGAGCUGUAGGGGGGAGUGUGAAAUUGUUUGCAGCUUCUAGAGGAACAAGGCACCUUUAUGUGCAGCUGCUCAGGGAAAUAGAAGGAGCUUUCGGAAAUGGGGUGGGCUUUGUUUACACAGGAACCAAAGCCUUCGUUUGCAAAUGCACAUUUUUGCUUUUAGUUUUGUGGGGGUUUUUUGGUUGUGGGGUUUUUUUUUUUAU